UUAGAAAACCACCAUUAAACUAUAAGGUUUUUCUCACUAAACAAAACCAUGGGGAAUAGCUUAGGCCUGCAAGAUAAAGUUAUCAAGAUCAGGAAAACAGAUGGGAAAAUCCUUACAUACAAAGCACCCAUGAAAGUCCACCAAAUCUUGUCAGAGUUUCCUGGCCAUGCAAUAUCAGGCACCCUUCCUGUCCUCAGGCAUCUCAAACCAGACACCAAACUUCUCGGAAAUCAUGAAUACUAUCUACUACCUCUUCCUCUGUCAUCACCAAAAGUAGGCAAGAAGAAAACAGUGAGGUUUGCAAACCCAGAAGAGGAAGCUGUGCAAGAAAGUGGAGUGGUGAGGAUUAAACUGGUUAUUACAAAGAAAGAACUGCAAGAGAUGAUACAAAAGGGAGUAGUCGCUGUUGAUGAAAUGGUUUCUCAACUUCAUAUCAAAAAGGGCAUAGAUAGCGCAGAUGAGUUCACAGCUAAUGAUGAUAGCAAAGGGUGGAAGCCUGAUUUAGAAAGCAUACCUGAAGUAAACUAGUAAAUUUUACAUGUAUAUACUAGCUAGUCUCUCAAACUUUAACUAUUUUCUUCCGCUUAAUUAACAUGCAAAGUUAACAGUGUAGCCAUGAAAUUAAUAUAAUGGAGAAAAACCGUUUACUUCUUCUUC